AUGGAUGGCGGCACGGCUUCGGCUUCGAAGUCAGACUCGGCUCAGAAGGUGGCGGCCGGCGGCGGUGACUCGGACGUGGCGGUGCUGGACGCGCUGGUGCACGCUCUGCUGCGCAGGUACCAGCGCAAGUGGGACCACGACCGCAGGCACGGAUACCCCGGCAUCUCCCGUGACGUCACCGGCGCCGACUACGCGCGCUUCACUGAGGUGAUCCUCCGAGACUGCAAUUAUAUGCUGCAGGCGGCGGAGCGCGGCUGCCUGCGGCGGGUGUUCCGCAAGUGGCGCAGCGUGUGCGAGCAGGUGCGCAGGUGCGAGGACGCGGAGACGCGCGGCACGGCCGUGGCGCUGCUGCAGCGGCUGCUGCACAGGCACACUGCGGCAGCAGGCCGGCCCGCCAGGCGCGCGCACCGCCAGCCGCGCCGCCCACUAGACCUGGACAAGUGCAUCGCCGACUACAUCGCCGACGGCGAGGUACCAAAUCAACCAGCUGCUCGCAACCACACUGGUCGAUCGCAAAGUACCGGAAGUGGCUCUGACAAGGGCGGCCAUGGACUGGCGCCUGGUGGUACGUCAUCACCAGAGGUAAACCGGAGGCAGCCAGAACGAGCACCCGCUCCCGUGGACAGCGCCUCAGCAGUGUCCAAGACGCAGCACGUGCAGCUGCAGCCACAGCGUGCGCACCAAGACACGUGUGUUCAGCCGCCGCCGGGCUUCUCACCGCAUCACCAGCACACGCCGUCUCCACCAGCAGCUGAAUCGCUGGGGCGGUGGCGCACGGCGCUGCGCGCGCUGUCUUCGCUGCCGGCGGAGCAGGCCCAGCUGCUGCACCACGACGACCUGCUGCUGAGCGGGCCCGCCUCGCGCCGCCGGUUCAUGCUCGCCUGCUGCGGCGCCUUCGGCCCACUCGAGGUGGGGCUCCGGCUCAGCAGCGGCGGCGGCGCCGGCGGGGCCCUCGCCGUCAAGCGCCUGCCCGCCCUCCUCGGGGCACAGGUGUCUCGCCUGAUGGUACAGUUGCUUCAGCUGAGGCAUACAAAUGUGCUUCAGUACGCACUGUGCAUUCCCAACCGCUGUGCGUCACAGCCAGAGGUUCUGCUGGCGACGCCCCUCUGCGAGUGCAACCUGGGAGAACUGCUGGUACUGCUCAAGGCCGAUGGCAGCCUGGGGCAGCGAGCGCAUGGGCUUGUCAGGCAGUUGCUAUCUGGACUACACUAUUUGCACACUUUAAGCACACCAGUUGUCCAUGGAAACUUGAAACCAUCCAAUGUCCUUAUUGAUGACAAAGGAGUGGUCAGGCUAGCAGAAUUUGGACUGCAUCAGAUGCUGUAUCAGACCACUCCACCACCUGCUUCAUCAGUCAUAUGGUGGUCUUGUGAAACUUGUGUAGCUUAUGAGCAGAACCGUCGAAUGUCAUGCUCCACUAUGUCAGACAUACAAGUGGCUGGUAUGGUAGUGCAUUUUAUACUCACAGGAGGAAACCAUCCAUUUGGCACAGAAGCUUCUCAGAUUGUUCAGAACAUCAGAAGAGGCUUCAAUUCACCUGCAACAACUAACUGUGAAGCAAAUGAUCUGAUCUCUUGGAUGGUUCUGCAAAACCCUGGGCAGAGACCAUCUAUAGAAAAAGUCAUCAGGUGA